CGAGAAUAUGCGCUUCUGUCGGUUAUGAAUGAUCACGUCUAUACUUGUUAUUAUAGUCGAUGCCGCACAGCCGAUCAGUGUUAUUGUUUUGGUUCUCUGAUAAUAAAAUUAAUUGAAAAUGAGUGAAUUCUCGCAUUUGGUAUCAUCUAAAGUUAAUCUAGCUCUCUUACAAGAGCAGGCAUUAAAUGAUUUAAUAGACAUACUUGACAGAUGUGAAGGCACCAAGGUUUUGAUGUGGGAUGAGUCAUUAACAAAUCCAGUGUCAUUGAUUGCUAAACCAUCAGUACUGAAAGAUCAUAAUGUAGUCAAAAUGUUCCCAAUUAAAGCUGGUGAUUUACCAAAUGUCGAUGUUCGGAACUUUAUUUUCAUUACUCGACCAAGUUUGCAGUUAAUGAACAAAAUAGCAACAAAUAUACACAGCGAUGAGAAGAAGAAUCGAGUUUAUCGAAAGAACUUUUAUCUAUACUUUUUACCUAAAAGAUCAUUGCUUUGUGAGAAUCAAUUAAAAACAAAAGGAGUUUAUGGGAACUUUCAAAUUAUUGAUGACUUUAAAUGUCAGCUAUUUCCACUCGAAAGAGAUCUUUUAUCGAUGGAAUAUCCUGAUUGUUUUAAGGAACUUUACAUUGAAGGUGAUUUAACAAGUUUACAUCAAUCAGCACUAGCUCUUUACAACAUCCAGAAACUUUUUGGAAAGAUCCCAAAAAUUGUUGGAAAAGGAAAAUUUGCAGAGAAAAUCAAGGAACUGUCGAAAAAUAUCGUAUUGAAUGAGAAUAUUGCUGACGAGAAAGGCUCAAUUGAUCAGUUAAUUAUACUCGAUCGAUCAAUUGACAGUUUAAGUGCUUUUGCUACACAAUUAACUUAUGAAGGAUUAAUUGAUGAAUUUUAUGGAAUUAAUAACACGACUGUAAACUUUCCAGCCGAAAAAUUCAGUCCAUCAUCAGAAGAUACUAAUUUUAGUAAAGUCACAACAUCCAAUGAAAAGAAACAAGUCAUACUGAACUCAAAAGAGGAACUUUAUGCAGAACUUCGUGAUAAAAACUUUAAUGCUGUUGGACCAGUGCUGUCUAGACUGGCAAAGACAAUAACAGCAGCAGCAAAUGAGCGACAUGGCGAGAAAACUAUUCAAGAAUUAAAAAAGAUUGUUGAGCAUUUGCCAAAAUUAAAAGCAAGCGAAUUGUCCUUGGCAAAUCAUACAACAAUUGCUAGUUUAAUUAAGGAACAAAUCUCACAAUACGAUUUUCUUGAUGAAUUAUCUUCAGAACAAGAAUUUAUGAUGUGCAAUGAUCUCGAUAAGCCUAAUGACUACAUAGAAAGCAUGAUUUGUACUCAAAAGCCAUUAGAAAAAGUUCUACGACUUAUUUGCAUACAAAGUGCUGCAGCAAGUGGACUAAAGCAGAAAGUUCUUGAUGGAUAUAAGAAGGAAAUUUUCCAUUCUUAUGGAAUUGAUUCGUUGUUGAAAUUAGGAAAGCUUGAAAAGUCUGGAUUAAUUAAAGUUCAAUCGGGAAGUCGAUCAUAUAAUAUUUUAAGGAAGACUCUAAAUUUAACAGUCGAUGACUUUCAAGAAGUAUCACCAAAGGAUAUAAGUUAUGUGCACAGUUUCUAUGCUCCAUUAUCGAUUCGAAUUGUUGAACAUUCGUUAAGACCACUCGGAUGGAGUGGCUUAAAUGACAUCCUUUCUUGCAUUCCUGAACCUUCAUUUGAAGACUAUCAGCUGGCAAUAACGACAUCAAGUGGACGUAGGGAUUCAUUAACUAGUGAAAUAUCACAAUCUGACAUUCCAAAGACAAUUCUAGUAUUUUUCGUUGGUGGUUGCACAUUUGCUGAAAUAUCAGCACUAAGAUUCUUGUCACAGCAAGAUGAAAACAAUGUUGAAUUUAUUAUCAUGACUACGAAAGUCAUCAACAAGAAUUCGUUCCUAGAAAAUGUCAUUUCUUAAUUAUAUAUCCUCUGAUCUUUGCAUGUAUUUAACUUUAUAUUAUCUAUGUGUAUGCCUGAAUAAAAUUUAAAUAUAGCUAUGAAAAUAC